AUGGCUUCAUUUUUAUUUACAGAAUGUUUAGAGAAGAUUUUUUUAAAUUUUCUUGAUAUCCCAGCUGGAGAUACAAGUACCAAUUCGUCAACAAUAAACACAAGCACCAAUACGUCAACUGGAGACUUGUAUGCCUGCACAUUAGUAUCUAGGUAUUGGUGCAAAGUGUCAACACCAUUAUUGUAUUCUUAUCCAUUUCAUCAUUUUCGCAAUUUGACCUAUCGAGAUGAUGAUGUGAAAUCGAAGAUUCUAGAUCACUAUUUUAAACUAAUUCAUACAUUAUUAAAAUGUAUUCCUCAUGAUAUUGAACAAACCUUAAAUGAACCGUAUUUAGCCAUGCAUUUUCAUUUAUCGACCUUUAAUUAUAUUUCUUUCAUCCGUGGGUUGAUUUUUCAUGAUGUGAUAUUUCACUGUCACCGCCAGGAUUGGUUUACUUAUCUUGGUCUAGAGACUAC